AUGCAGAAGUACAGCAAAACCCUCCUCCCAGUGACCACUGCACAGUCUACAACCUCUACUCCUCCCUCAGGACCCCCUGCAGCUGCUGGCCAGUCUUUCUCUGGAAUCCCUGCAGCCUCUACUGGGUACCCCUCAAUUCAGCUGGAGGAGAAUCAUGCUGUUCCACCACUGCCAAGCUAUGAGCAGGAUGUGAGCCGAUGGCACUGCUCUCAACAGCAAAGAAUCUGGAUGAAAACAGAAAUGGAAGCCUUGGGACUGUGGCCAGGUUCUAGACCGGUGAGACAUCCAAUGAACAUGAUCUCCUUGUGGCGUUACCCACCUCAGCCUGAGCUUAUUGAUCCUGUCUAUGAGCUGCCAUCACCUAAAUACUUUCAACUUCAUCCAUUCUUCAUUUGGAAACCAGAGCACACCAUUAUGGAAAGAGUCCGCAACAACUACACUCUGCCAUGUCUGUACAGCUGUCCGAAUCCCCACGUUGUCUCAUCAGGAGUUGGACGACCCCGUGUCAUUAUUGGUACAAGCAGCCAGUACUACAUUCUGGCCUCUCGGCUCAGCUGUAAAGUCUGUAAAAAGUACUGGUUUGCAGACAAACCCCAAUGGAUGGACAUGCUGCCGAGUCGGUUCUGCAACAUUUUGCCAGCUUUUCUGACGCACAAGAAGGCCAUAUGUAAGACUGUGAUGGAUGAGUUGCGGCGUACAGGAAAGUCUCCCAAUGAUAUGGCCAAUCAGUUGAAUGAAGCUCUCCACCUCAGGUAUGAGCGUGCUCACCUGGCUUACUUGUCUACUGUUAAGAAUGUGCUGGAUGGAGACAGUGGAAUUUACGGUCAGCAGACCAUCACAGGGGCACUAAGAGCAACAAAUACUCCUGCCUCAUUUGGUGAGUAUGGUGAUUUGGUCGGCUGGUGUGGAGUAACAGUUUCACCCCACUAUUUGGUUGACUGCCUCAUUCAGGAGUACCAUAGGCAGGAGAGCACACUCAAUCUGCUCCUCCAAGGCACAUUUGGACAAGCCUUAAGGGCUGACCAUACCCGCAAGGUGGCCCGGAAGGUUGUGCUUGCAUCAGGUACUAUGUCAUCCUAUGCUGUGAUGAAUGAAAACUGGAUGAUCUUGUCCUGGGUGAUGCUGCAGUCUGAAAGUGAUAAAUCCCUGCAGCCAAUGUAUGAGGGGCUGUCUCUUCGUUACAUUUCUGCAGGACUGCCGAAAGCCAACUACCAGUGGGUUGACAGAGAUUGCUGUGCUGCCUUCAGGAUCCCAAACCCUGAGCCCCGGGAGCACCUCCUCUGGGAUUCUUGGAAGACCACUGAGGCUGUAGUGGCUGCGGCAACCUCUGGGCAUCUCAUCAACACCUGUGCCUCCCGCGAAAAAUAUAACAGCGACAUCAAAAUCAAGCUGGACUUGUUCCACUGCAUGCGGCGGUUCUCCAGAGAGUGUGUGUCAGAGCACCAUCCACUGCACAGUGCUUUCUGCAAGUUUCUGUCAGCAGCUUUUAGUGUUGUGGACCAGACGGACCUACAAAGACUGAAGCAGGCUUAUGUCUUCUGUGGGAUAGUGCCUGCAAAUCCAACAAAGCAGCACAUCAGGGAGCACUGCCGCACCAGGGUUCCACACCCCAAAGAGCUACUGGAGAGAGUGGAGAGCGUUCUCCAAAGAUUCUUUUUAGAAUGUGAUCCUGAUGGUGUGCCACUGUUCAAACCAUCGAUGUUGAAGGUGUGGAGGAUUCAGCGAGUCCACAUCCUCAGAGGCUGCCUGAGUGACCCAGAGGUUACAGAUGGGAUCCUCUAUAGGCAUGGUGGAACGGUCCAGCUGAACCAUGUGAAGGGGGAGGCGGCAGCUGUACCUGUGUGGAUCCCUGUGAGAGGCACUUCUCAGCAGGAGGGGUUCCAUUUCCAUCAGGCCAGAUGGGUCACAGGCACUCAGGUAUCCACAGAACUAUUCCAGGCACAGGGCAUGAUUGGAGUGGCUCGUUGGAAUUUCCAGCGCCUUGUAGACCUGAAGCAGCCUGGAGUGAAGCUGCCUGCAGUUUUUGAUCCUGUGCUGAUCAUGGAACUGAACAAGCUCUCAGACAUGGUGACAGGCCAGGCCAAGUACCCUGCCUUACUUGUCUCACAGACAGACACCAGAGAAAGGUUUGGACUGCAGUAUGUGGAGCCUGGUUGUCGUCCUGUCCCCCUAGACUGGGCCAAGCACAAGUCCCAGAAGGUACCUGUUGCAGGGGAGGGAGAGCAUCAGUCCUCAGAGCCGUCUGCUCUCAGUGAGAGAUUCCCACCUGAUGACCCACCUGAGGAGGUGAGGGAAGAACACUUUGCUCAGGAUGACAUCUUUGGUGUGGCUUCUCUUGGCUCACAAACAAUGAUCCAGCCUUUGCAGCCCACCAAAUUAAAAGAUGAGAUGACACCACCACUGCCCUUUGCUCCCUCUCCACGAGCUGCUCGCACAGGUCCCAUCAAGGCAGGCGGUCUACUUUUUGUCCUGGACCAUUUUCGGUGGACAAAGCCCAUGAGGGAUUCCAUUGAUGGCCUUCUGGCAAAGUACCAUGGGCAGAAAGACCUUCUCACCCAGGUGGAUGCAGAGUAUGCUGCCCUUGUGCAGGCUGCCUCCAGGGAUCCCAAUAGCCUCUUACACCCCACCACGAAACAGCAUAUCUCACGUUAUGUGAAACACCUGGCCAAGAUAACGAACAGAAGUUCAUCCCUGAACACCAGUUCAGAGAAGCUCCUGGAGACCCAGAAGCUGUGGCAUCACCUCACAGAAGGUAGUGAAACUGUAAGUGUUCCAGUGGUAACCCUCCCACCUGCCCCAGUGAACCCACCCAGUAAUAAGCCCCAGGAGUUACCACUAACUAAGGGUGAGGUUGAACAAAUGGUGAAAGAGAUUGUGGAGAAACAACAGCAACAGCAGCCUGUUACAAAGAGGACACGGAACUGUCUUGCUUGUGGCCAGCCAAAUCUGGGGAUGUGA